AUGGAAAUCGAAAGUCAUGAAGAGAAACUGGACGAAAUUGAACAAUCAUUCAAGGAGGUGCAAGAAAAGUUGUUGGAAUUGGAGAAGAGCGUAAAGAAAAGAGACGACUUGCUGCAGUCGAUAGAAGGCACUAUGAAGCAAGUGGAAGAUUCUAUGACCGGUAGAUAUGAAACGCUGCAAGACAAGCUUGCGGAAUUAGAGCAGAAUCAUACUCUUGCUAAGGAUGACGUUUUGCAGAAGUUGAUGGAACGUCCGACUCAGGAAAAGUAUGACAGUCUACAGAGCACGUUGAUGGAACUUCAGAACAACAUUACAGCAAAGGACGGUUCCCUGCAGGAGAUCGAGCGUUCUAUUAAGGAGGUGCAACUGUCUGCACAAGAAAAUGAGUUGGAAUUUCAGAAGAGCUUAAAGAAAACGGACGAUUCUAUUAAGCAAGUGAAAGAUUCUUUGGCCGGUAGAUAUGUGACACUGCAAGACAAGCUUGCUGAAUUAGAGCAGAAUCAUACUCUCACUAAGGAUGACAUUUUGCAGAAGUUGAUGGAGCGUCCAACUCAGGAAAAGUAUGACAAUCUACAGAGCACGUUGAUGGAACUUCAGAACAACAUUACAGCAAGGGACGGCUCCCUGCAGGAGAUCGAGCGAUCUAUUAAGGAACUUGAACGCAAUGUGAACGAGCGAGAUGAAACUCAGAAUGGUAAACUGAUUGAAAUCAGAAAACAAAUGCAGGCAAAGGAAAAUACCCUGCAGGAGAUGAUGCGGAACAUGACCAUAUUAGUAGACCAUUCGAAGGUUAAACUUGAAGAGCUAGAAGCUAACCUCAACGAGCUGCAAAAUGAAACCGAAAGUAUCAUAAACCACAGCUUUCCUAGGUCAUGCAAGGACGUGUCAUCAAACAAAUCUGGUUCUUACGAGAUCUAUCUUGGGAAUGGUCAAUUUAAAACGGUAUUUUGUGAACAGACCGCAUUCGGCGGCGGCUGGAUUGUAUUCCAGUAUCGCUUCAACGGGAAAGUUGAUUUCUACCGAACCUGGAAUGAGUAUCGCGAUGGCUUUGGAACAAUUGACGGGGAGUUUUGGUUAGGUUUGAAGUAUCUUCACCAGCUGACCUCAACCCGGAAGCACGAGCUUAUGGUGGAAGUGAAAGACUAUUACGGAAACUACGGCUAUGCAAAGUAUGAUCACUUCGAGAUUGGCAGUGAAGCGGAAAAGUUCAUCCUAAAGGUUGGAAAUUAUAGUGGAACGGCUGGAGACUCAAUGAUUUACGAUCGGGGCAUGAAGUUCACUACUAAGGAUAGCGAUAAUGAUAAAGAUAGUAGUGUUCAAUGUGCCAAGGCUCGUUACGGAGCUUGGUGGUACCACAGCUGCACCAAUGCCAACCUCAACGGACCGUAUGGAAACAUAUCACGUGAUGGAGAGAAGGUGAUGUACUGGUUCCAUUUAAAAAAUGACCGUCGCGCUAUGGUAUACUCCAGAAUGAUGCUUCGUGAAAUCGAUUAA